AUGGCGUUACCCGUUUUCGAACUCGAUAGCGUCUCUGACAAUACCUCAUCAUGGGGACCUCGUCCUGUUGUUGAAGAGCAUGACAUGCCCUUCCAGCAAUUCAACAAGGCUGAUCGUAUCGGUCGGGUUGCUGACUGGAUAGGUGUUGAUCGUUAUUUCCGUCGUGGCGAACGCUACAACGAGCGUGUCUACGGUUCGGCUGCCAACGCCGGCUCGCAAUUCGAUUAUGUCCACGAAAUGGACGAGAACAACUUCCAGUUGGUUGACUCGUCACGCCCGGUGCAACGCGCUCCUCAGCGCAACUUCCGCACUCGCCAGAUGCACUUCAAGAAGUUGCUCCAAAACCAGCAGGAUCGUCGCGAUACCGUCGAGCUGAACCGUUCUCAGAAGAUGAAGCGUUCGAUCGCAAAGGAGCAUCAACGUGCUUACAAACAAUGGCAACGCAGAGGAGGACAAGCUCGUCAGGGUCUGGGCCCACGUGGUGGCCGUUAUGGAGACAACCGCCCGAAGGAUCGCAUGCCAUCGGUGCAAGUGCGCGGCGACUGGGACGUGCUCGAGGAGCUCGAUUUCCCGCGUUUGGCAAAGCUCAGCCUGCCCGGCAUCGCUGCGACCGCCCAGGAUAUCGGGGAUCACCAGUAUGGAUCGUUGUACUACUACGAGAAGGCGAUCGAUCGUGUCUCGGUCAAAAACCCGACACCACUGCUUCGCUGCGGCGGCGCAUUUUACAACGUUACCACAACUGAAGACCCGGUGAUGGAAAAGCUGGCCAUGGAGAAGGUCGGCAACGUCUUUGCUACCGACAUCAUCCUCGCAACGCUGAUGACGGCCCCUCGAUCGGUCUACUCUUGGGAUAUCGUCGCCCAUCGUGUGGACGACAAGAUCUUCUUCGAUCGGCGUGAUACCGGCGGUUUUAGCAAUCCCGUGGAUGCUCUGACCGUCUCGGAGACGAGCCCCGAUCCGCCCACAAAUGACGCAGCUGCGGCAAACAAUGCCAAGGAUCUGGCCACCGAAGCGCUCUACAUCAAUCAAAACUUCCGCCGUCAGGUACUCCGUCGUGAUGGCGAGACCUACAAGAUGAAGCACACCGAGUACCCCUUCGACGAUGAUAACGACCAGAAUGAUGCGUCAUGCGCCUACAAAUAUCGCAAAUUUUCGCUUGGCACUGGAGCCGACGGAAAGCCGAUCGAGCUUGUCGUGCGCACGGAGCAUGAUGGUGUUAUGGUCGGUGUCAAUGGGGAGGUGCAGACGCUGACUAUCAAGGCCUUCAACGAAUGGGACAGUACUCAGUCCAACGGUGUCGACUGGCGAUCAAAACUUGACGGGCAAAAGGGAGCUGUCCUCGCCACCGAACUCAAGAACAACGGCUGUAAGCUGGCCAAAUGGACGGUUCAGGCCGUGCUCGCCGGCUCUGACGCCAUCAAGUUCGGCUACGUCUCGCGCCUUACGCCGAAGAACACUGCCCAGCACGUCAUUCUCGGCACCCAGCAGCUGCGGCCCAUGGAGUUCGCCCAGAACAUCACGCUCAACUUUGACAACUGCUGGGGAAUUCUGCGCGUUAUUAUUGACAAUUUGAUGAAGCGCAAGCCCGGCAAGUACCUGCUGAUGAAGGACCCGCACGCGCCAAUCGUACGCCUCUAUGGGCUGCCCGACGGCACCUUCGAGAGCGACGACGGCAGCGACGAGGGCCGCUCCGAAGAUGAUAAU